GCGAGACGGCCGACUUAAUCAAGAUCAGGGGGCUCCCAGGCUUAGCGCAGAGCGUUAACCCUUCCAGCCCCGGAGGGUGCCAAGGGGGGCUUGGAAGAGCGCGGCCGGCCGGGGCCAAGAUGCCCACGGCAGCCCCACGCAGGCUGCCCCUGCCAUCUUGGGCGGUUCCGGACGCCCUGCGCCCGGCCUGGGCGGCUGGGCGCGCGGGGUUAAGGUCAGAAGCUCAGGAGGCUGUUCAGGCGCGGGAAGCGGCCGCCUCCCGCAGCCUCGGCGCGCCUCGGGCUCCUCCUUCCGCCCAAGCGUGGCCAAGUGAGGACUGCUCCGGCCGCAGGUAGCAGAGGCAAGGGAGGCGGCGCGCGGGACCCGAGCGGAGCGCCCGGGGAGGGACUGACGGACACGCGGACAGACGGAUACCCCCGCGCCCCCGGACCUUAGUAACGGUACGCGCGGGCCAUGUGGGGACCCGGGGUCACGGCCGAGGGCCUGUCGGUGGCGCCGGCGCCGCCACCGCUGCUGCCGCUGCUGCUACUGCUGGCGCUGGCGCUGGUGGCGCCCUCGCGGGGCGGCGGGGGCUGCGCGGAGCUGGCGUGCGGCGAGCGGGAGCGCUGCUGCGACGCGGCCAACGCCACCGCGGUGCGCUGCUGCAAGCUGCCGCUGCACGCUUUCCUCGACAACGUGGGCUGGUUCGUCCGCAAGCUCUCCGGGCUGCUCAUCCUGCUGGUGCUCUUCGCCAUCGGCUACUUCUUGCAGCGCAUCAUCUGCCCCAGCCCACGCAGGUACCCGCGCGGGCAGGCGCGGCCGGGGCCACCGGGGGGCGCCGGGCAGCCGGGGGCCGCGGGGCCGCCCGACGACGACGACGACGACUCGCCCGCGCUGCUGCGGGACGAGGCGGCCGCCGGCUCUCAAGACUCGCUGCUGGACAGUGGAGGCGGUGGCCGGGGCCGGGCAGGCGGCGGGCGCUCGGCCCCUUCCUGCGCCUCGGAGCACGAGCUGCGCGUAGUCUCGCCGGUCUUCCUGCAGCUGCCCAGCUACGAGGAGGUCAAGUACCUGCCAACCUACGAGGAGUCCAUGCGGCUGCAGCAGUUCAGUCCCGGGGAGGUCGUGUUGCCCGUGUCGGUGCUCGGCCGCCCGCGAGGUGGAGGCGCCGGGGAGUCCGACGGCGGCGGCGAGCGCCGCUUCCCGCUCAUCUGAGCGCCCGGGGCCUUGCGAGGACCACGCGGACAGAACCAGGCCGGGGGCUACGGGUGGGACGCAAGGCCGGGGUGGCCGCGGCCGCCGCCGCCAGUUGCCUCAGACCCCGCCUGUCGCCCGGAGACUGGAUUGGGGCCAUCC